AUGGCACAUCCUUAUGCAAAAGAGUUGGAAGUUGCCACUUUAGCUGUCAAAAGAGCUUCCAUAUUGACAAAGCAAUUGAGUGAUUCUAUUUCAAAGGAAGGCACAAUUACAAAAGAGGACAAGUCUCCAGUCACAGUGGGUGAUUUUGCAAGUCAGGCAAUUAUCAAUCAUGCUUUGAAGAUCAAUUUCCCAACAGACGAGAUUGUUGGAGAAGAGGAUUCACAAGAUUUGCAAGAGAAUGAUGAAUUGGCAAACAAAGUAUUGAGUUUGAUUGAAAAAGUACAACUGGAAACAAGCGACUUUCAAAAAGUUCUUGGAGAGUUGAAAGAUAAACAAUCUGUGUUUCAAAGCAUUGAUUUGGGUAACUCCCAAGGUGGAUCAAAGGGAAGAUUUUGGGCAUUGGACCCAAUCGAUGGAACAAAAGGCUUCUUAAGAGGUGACCAGUUUGCCGUGUGUUUGGCAUUGAUUGAAGAUGGGAAAGUAGUCUUGGGUGUUAUUGGGUGUCCAAACCUUGCAAAAAAAGUUGAGUCCAAUACAAAACAUAGUGGUAUUGUAGGUGGAUUAUACUCCGCAAUCAAAGGUCUUGGUGCGUACUAUUCGCCACUCUUUGACGAGAUUUCAUUCCAGCCUUUGAGUAAACAAGAACGCAUUCAAAUGACCCAGCACAGUACACCGGAUGAAUUAAAAGUUGUUGAAGGUGUUGAAAAGGGUCACUCAUCACAUUCGACGCAGGCAAAGAUUAAAGAAACACUUGGAUUCAAUCCAGAUACAGUACAAGAGCAAACUAUAAAUUUGGACUCGCAAGUGAAAUAUUGCGCGCUUGCCAGUGGACAAGCUGAUAUAUACUUGAGACUCCCAAUAAAUGAUACAUAUAGAGAGAAAAUCUGGGACCACGCUGCUGGAAACGUUUUAGUUUAUGAGGCUGGUGGCAGAGUGGGUGACAUCACUGGCCAACCAUUGGACUUUGGAAAAGGUAGACUUCUUCCUUCAAAGGGUGUCAUUGCUGGUAAUGACAAGAUUUUUGAUAAAGUUAUAGAGGCAGUUAACAGUGUUGUUGAAUAA